CCUUGCCCCCGCCUCCGCGUAAUGUCGACUGACAAAUUGGAUGAGAUUUAACUGCGGAGGGGGGAAGAGCUCUGUGAGUUAAAGUUGCGCGUUGGCUGUUGAACUGAGAUGAAGCGCCUUUGCUGACGGCGGUCAGGCAGAGGCCGGGCGACUCACAGCGGCGGCGGGACGUUGCGUUAGCGGUCGGUCGGUCGGUCGGUCGGUCCCCUGACGGGAGUCGAACUGUGCGCUGGCUAACUGGAACACGCCGUUCUCCUUCGGUUCGACCAUGGACACGGUUGUAAAGUUCACAAGUCAGACCCAAGGAAAAGUCCACGUAUUCAGUUCGUGGGUCGGUGGUCGUCCAGGGUCCGACGGUCUCUCUCGUCUCCCCGUGUGUUUCAGAGCAACCCAAUUCGCAUGUGCGCUGUCGACACAUGUGCUCAAGAGCAACCCAGACAGAAGGGACCUCGUGGCGAAACUUCAAGAUGUGGAAGCCAACAUGAAUGCUGGUCGAAAAUUGUUCAGGCUGGGGAACACAAUAAAUUCCAUUGAGGCUGCUAACCGAUCCAUGCAACUCUCUGACCGAGUGCUGUGCCUGUGCCUUACUGCAGCCAACGUCAGCCGAGCCCUCUACUCUCUCUGUGACAAUGUACUUUGGGCCAGCAGUGUUGGUCUUAUCCGCGAUAUCAACAAGGAAUGUUGGAGUUUACAGUCCUCCCGCUACUACCUCCUCUCGCUCAUUAUGAACCUGACCAGAGACUUCUAUGUAGUGCUCCAGUUAAUAAUGCAGAGAGCAAGAGAUAAGCACUUUAGACAGAAAAUGUCGCAGCAUGUCAGCGAGAGUCCUGAAGUGGCCGAAGUUGUCAUUCCUCAGCUCGAUGCUUUGCUCUUUCUGCUGUUUGAAAGCCUGAAAUCGCACCCGUCUGUUGCCUUGGACACGCUGAAAAACAUUUGUGAUCUCUUUGGUCCCUUAAACAAGUUGGGUAUUUACCAGACAAAUGCAGGAGUUGUUGCAUGUUGUGGUCUGAUAUCCUCAAUGGUUGGGAUUUUAACCUUUGCAAAGCCCAAUUUAAAUAUAAAUACAUGAUGACCAAGGCUGAGAUAAACCUCACUGACUAACUGCAGGUCAAAAGGUUAAUUCUGAUAAGUGUUUACAAGCAAUAUUGGUGUCAGUUAGCUGGAGCUGUAAUGGUGGACUUGGGUUAACCUGGUGCACAGUGAGAUUAGGUAACACCACAGGCACAUUUUGUAACAUUUGUUAGAAUGUUUAACACCAAAUUCAAGCAAGCAAUCACUGAGUGGCUUUCAAGUACUUAAUAACGUCUAAAUCACUGGUUUAAAGGGUAGCAAAUCAUGUUUUUACAUUUGAUAUUCUUGUUUAUGUAUUUCAUUAUUUAAAAGCCAAGGCUAAUUCAAUGUGCAUUCCUGUCUUUUCCAAAACCUCACACACUACCAGCAGUUUUGUAACUACUGUUUUUGUAAAAUAAGGGCUCUUAAUUUUUUCUAGAGAAACUAAAACGUGAGUCAUCUGUGAGACGAUGUCACUUGUUUCCUGUUUUGUGAUAAAAUGUUACUAAAAGUUUUACCUCUAUCAUUAGAAUGGUACCAAUUUAUCAUCCAAGUGAUUCAUCAGCUGCUUAUCACCCCAAAGUGCUUUUAGAGCCGACGAGGCAUCUGAGAGAUUUAAGGGAGUUUCCUCAAGGGUAAACUGUGAAGGAAUUACAUCAAUUGGAAGAAAUUGGAUUAAAUAGUCAUAAUUAUGUUUACAUUAUUGUAUAAUCUCAUGAACCUAAGAAUCAUUGUUUCAGUUUCUUCAGAAUGAAUCCUUUUAUAUCUACAUUCAGAGUGGGUCCUCUUCCAUGGUAGCACCGUCAUGUUUCACACUGGCCCUAGAGAGUUUUUACAUUACCUGAAGGCCAGCAUCGGUUCUUCUACUUGCUUGGGAGGGAAGGUGAGGUGAGGAGAAGUCAGUGGGUUGAAAUUGGCAGCUUCAUUGCAAGAUGUCUCUAAAUCCUACACACUGAACCCUUAAACUGAUAUUUUCGACUCUGCCUUCCAAGGCACGGUCUAGACUUUUUGACUGUCAACCGGGUUGUAAGGGUUUAUUAAAACUAAAAGAAGAGUGGAAAGAAAUUAUUUAAAAAUUUCAAUCAUGUUACUAUUUUUAAAGCAAAACAAUGUGUUUACAAUGUAAUUCUUAACUUGUUGUCUACGAAUUGAUACUGUGUAUUUUUUUUCUUUUCAAAUCUUUGUGAUUCAGACAAAACCUCAAAGCUGUGGUGGCAUUUCGCGUGUAUUCGCUUCAUCCAGUUCAGAUGACUAAAUGUCACGUUUAUCAGAAAUUCUAAUUAAUAAACAUAAUAACUAGUUAAA